GCUUGUUGGUCGUUAAAAAAAAUACAUAAGCAGACCAAUACGCCACUGCAAGCAUAAACGAACACCUUCAACAAUUUUUCCAUCGACAAAAAACCUACAGGAACUAUGCAGAGGCUCCUGUCACUCAAACUCCUCUCGAAAAUACCCAGAAAUCUCCCAAAUGCAAGCACAAAUCCCUCCUCACAAACGUCCCUCUCUCUAAUUUCCAAGACAUACCAAUGUCACUCAUCACCGCAACAACUUUUUUCUGCCCCCUACACUACUUUCUCACACUCAUGUAGGCCACAAAAUGUGAAAUUUUCUCAUGGGAUUUUCUCAAACCCACUUUUCUCAAAGCAGCUGUUAGCAAAUACCCAUUUCAGAAGUGAUCCGAGCAAGGUUUUAGUUAACCGCACUGUUGGGCUUCUGAGGACUCAGUUAGGACGAAGAAAUUUUCAUUCCAAUUUCUCAGUUGGUUCCACUAGCCGCAGCUGGAGAUCAGGUUUUGGGAGGUUUUCUACUGAUGGAGUGGUGUUUGGCCUGAUCGUAACUAAUGUAGCUGUGUUUUUGUUAUGGCGUGUUGCUGGUAGUAGAUUCAUGAUGAGGAACUUCAUGAUUUCAGUGGACAAUUUUACAAGCGGACGGGUUCACACAUUGAUAACAUCAGCGUUCAGUCACAUUGAUACUUGGCAUCUUAUCUCUAAUAUGGUUGGACUAUUCUUCUUUGGAACAAGUAUUGGUAGAGCUUUUGGGCCUGAGUUUCUUCUGAAGCUGUAUCUAUCUGGAGCGGUUGCUGGCUCAGUUUUUUACUUGGUGUAUCAUGCCUUUAUAGCUCCAUCACUUCAGACACAAAGAAGACAAGCUCUGAGCAUGCAUCCAUCACAAGUUCCUGGAUUGGGUGCAAGUGGGGCUGUAAAUGCUGUGAUGCUGCUUGACAUAUUCCUGUUCCCCAGAAAGCUUCUCUACUUGAACUUUAUUAUUCCUGUCCCAGCAAUCUUAAUGGGAAUCUUCAUCAUUGGAAAAGACGUCUUAAGAAUAUUGGAGGGUGACACUCAAGUAUCUGGAUCUGCUCAUUUGGGUGGGGCUGUCAUGGCCGCCAUUGCAUGGGCUCGAGUAAGAAGGGGAAGAUUCUGAAGUCUCAUUUCCUUGGAAAUGUAAUUUCGGCUGAUAUAGCUAGGAUUUACCAAAGUGCAUUAUCGCUUUAUAGUAUAUAUAUUUAUAUCCCCAGCUCCUUCCCCCACUUGAUUUUUUGCCUUAUUCUAGGGUGAAGUACCAAGAAAAUGCCCUUUUAAAUAGCAUCAAUUGUCGGAUUCUACACUAAUGGAUAAUUCUAACUCAAUUUGUAGCCUCA